AUUCAAUCUUUCUUCACAAUGAAGCUUGCAUUGGCUGCCGUGUGCAUUGCGGCGCUCGCUGCUUCGUCCGUCGCGAUCGACAACGGUCUCGCGCGCACUCCGCAGAUGGGCUUCAACACUUGGAACAAGUUCCACUGCACGAUCAACGAGACGCUCAUCCGCAACACUGCCGACUCGCUUCUCAAGACGGGUCUCGCUGCCGUUGGUUACAAGUACAUUAACCUCGACGAUUGCUGGCAAGUCAGCCGUACGGCUCAGAACGUGAUUGUGGCCGACCCGACCGCCUUCCCCAGCGGCAUUGCUGCGCUGGCCAACUACAUUCAUUCCAAGGGCUUGCUGUUUGGCUUGUACUCGGACGCUGGCACCAACACGUGCGAGGGCCGCCCUGGCUCUCUUGGUUAUGAGACCAUCGAUGCCCAGACUUACGCCUCCUGGGGCGUUGACUACCUCAAGUACGACAACUGCAACGCUCCCUCCGACCAGACGCCCGAGGUUCGCUACCCCGUGAUGCGCGAUGCCCUGAACGCGACUGGCCGUCCGAUUUUCUUCUCCAUGUGCGAGUGGGGUGUUGACAACCCGGCCAGCUGGGCUGGUAAGGUUGGCAACAGCUGGCGCACCACUGGCGACAUUAGCGACUCGUGGACGAGCAUGAUUGGCAUUGUCGACCAGAACGAGCCGCUGUGGCAAGCUGCUGGCCCCGGUGGCUGGAACGACCCUGACAUGCUUGAGGUUGGCAACGGUGGCAUGACCACUACCGAGUACCGCACCCAUUUCACUCUCUGGUCGCUCAUGAAAGCCCCGCUGAUCAUUGGCUGCGACAUUACCAACAUGUCGAACGACACUCUGGCCAUCCUGACCAACACGGAGCUGAUUGAGUGGAAUCAAGACUCGCUUGGCGUCCAGGGCCAUCGCUUCACGUCGGUCGGCAACUCCCAAGUCUGGGCUGGCCCGCUCUCGAACAACCGCUAUGCUCUUGUGCUCUUGAACGUCGACAACUCGGCGACCGCAAACAUCACCACCACCUGGGCGGAUAUUGGUCUGAAGACUGGUGCCAAGUACAUGGCUCGCGACGUCUGGCAGCACAAGAACGUUGGCCUCUACGCAGGCACUUUCUCCGCCGAGGUUCCUCCCCACGGUGUGGUUGCCGUCACUCUCAGUCCCUAUUGAGUUUGAGCGUGCUGUUACGAGUAUGAUGGGAUUGUGUCCUGCUUCAACGCAAAGUGGACGAGACGGGUUUGGUUUGAUGGUGAUUUGGAUGCCUGCAACUGUGACUCUGUACCCUUCUCAAUCCACGCAUCUCAUCAUCA